AAUCCGUCAGACACUCGCCCCACUCAACGUAGUCUACACUAUUAUCUCAAAGGCCGACGACGGCUACAUCAACGACUUAUCCGUCGGCUUUCAGGUACCGACUCAACAGAAUAUUUACAAUAUCUUGGUGUGCCCCACUUCCCUCACAGUCCGACCGCUAUGAACGAUGUCGAUCGAGAUUAGGCGCGUCGCCCUGGAUGUUGGGCGCUAUGGCGGAAGGGCUGCACAUGUGACUGAGCGAGGAGAGUGUUUGGAGGCGACACUACAACUUGCGGCGUUUGAAUCAAUCCAUGCUGCACAUCACUUCCGGCAUCCUUGCGCAAGCAUCUCAAUGCAUGGCUACCGCACGACUGCACUCUGGCCUCACAACGCUUUCACGCGCAGACCUAAAUCACGCUCGAGGACGGCCAGACGCAUAGCCUGGAGGAGCUGGCCAGCUAUGCAGGGCCACUGCAGGGUAAAAGUACGCAGGCAAGCAGGUCUUGCGUGCGCUGUCUGCAUCGCGCCCUCGUUCGUCGAACGCGCAACGGACUUCCAAGCCGCCAUAUUCGCAAGCUUAUUUUCGCAGGUUCACGUGCUCUUCAUGACAUUAUCCGUACCGGUAAUGUCUAUCGCUGUUGGUGCCGGCAUUUGACGAGACUACAGCCCCGCCGACUACCUCUGUGUCGCUCGAACGAGCGCCUCUCCAACCGAAGAAUGCCAAACGAACCUCGUGCAUCUGGUUGCGCAACAUGCGGUGUCCCGUCCGGCGGACACGCUCAUCAGACUAGAGACCCUGAUCGCCCUGUGUUCUGUACGAAGGCUCAAUAUGAGCAGCAUCCGGGCUGCUGCCGUGCUGGCCCACAUUGCGGAGACGCGAUAAUGGUGCAAGAUGCUGCAUUGAGAUACGCUUGAGACGUUCGGGGCGAGGCAUCAUGCUGUCGA